GAACCCCGCAGAUCACAGACACAUUAGCUGCUUCCUCCUGGAGUCUGCAGGUAAACAACUCUCUCAGAAUCUGUGGAGGCGGGAUAUCAUUCAUAGACAAAAAUGAAAAAACAAGACAGUGAUGAGUCUGCCAUCCAAGGGGUUGAGGAUUCUCCACCCACAGCGGGAGGGACAGAGUCACCCACGGCGGCAAAAGACAGCUCAGACAGCAACAGCCCCAAAGAGUCGGAACCACAGACGCCACAGACAGACACACCUCCACAGACAGACACGCCUCCACAAGUUGAAGAGGCUGCAAGUGAAGUUGCAGAAGCAACACUGUCUCGGAGUGAAAUGGCCGAGCAGCUGAGCCGGCAGCUGGAAGACAUCCUCAGUACCUACUGCAGAGAGGCCAGCACUCUACCUAAUGGCCAAUCGCACAGUCCAGAGCUCAACGGUCUGACUGGCGAGAAGGAAGGCGACAAGGCAGAGAAGGGCAAAGUCAAUGGAGGUCACAGUGGGGUGGAUAAGGAGCCGAAGAAGACACAGGACAAGAAGAAAGUGAAGGGUCUUGGUAAAGAGAUCACUCUCCUGAUGCAGACCCUGAACACACUGAGCACACCCGAGGAAAAGCUUACAGGACUCUGUAAGAAGUAUGCGGAACUGCUGGAAGAGCACCGCAACACCCAGAAACAGAUGAGAGUGCUACAGAAGAAGCAGAACCAGGUGGUCCAGGACAAAGACAACCUGAGGACCGAACACAGCAAGGCCAUCCUGGCUCGCAGCAAACUGGAGAGUCUGUGCAGGGAGCUGCAGAGACACAACCGCACACUGAAGGAGGAAGGGGUGCAAAGAACGCGCGUGGAGGAGGAGAAAAGGAAGGAGGUGACCUCUCACUUCCAGGUGACGCUGAACGACAUCCAGUCUCAGAUGGAGCAGCACAACGAAAGAAAUGCCAGCCUGCGACAGGAGAACACUGAGCUCGCUGAGAAACUGAAGAAGCUGUAUGACCAGUACAAACUGCGGGAGGAGCACAUAGACAAAGUGGUGAAGCACAAAGACCUGCAGCAGCAGCUGGUGGACGCCAAACUGCACCAGGCCCAGGAGCUGCUGAAGGAGUCGGAGGAACGCCACGACAGAGAGAAAGACUUUCUGCUGAAAGAAGCCGUUGAGUCUCAGAGGAUGUGUGAGCUGAUGAAGCAGCAGGAGGUUCACCUCAAACAGCAGCUGUCACUGUACACGGAGAAGUUUGAAGAGUUCCAGACAACUUUGUCCAAGAGCAACGAGGUCUUCACCACAUUCAAACAGGAGAUGGAGAAGAUGACUAAAAAGAUCAAGAAGCUGGAGAAGGAGACGGCCAUGUAUCGCUCCAGGUGGGAGAGCAGCAACAAGGCUCUUGUGGAGAUGUCAGAGGAGAAAUCUAUGCGGGACCGGGAGUUCGAUGCUCUUCAGGGUAAAGUCCAGCGGCUGGAGAAGCUGCGGCGGGCACUCAAAGUCGAACGGAACGACCUCAACAAGAAGGUCCAGAACCUGAGCAGUCAGCAAGAGGUCCCAACAGGAACCCCCACCUCUGACCCAGGGACUGACUCCCCUUCUCCGCCACCCACAGACUCUCUAGUGGAUUCCAGCGCCUGUCCUGUCCCAGAAGCCGUCCCCUGCUCCCACUUAUGCCAUUGUGAUCCAGAACCGGACACGCACCCGCUACCAGAGGAGGCGAACGCUCAGCCCGUCAGCACACAGGAAUGAGGCAAAGCUGCUCCCACGUCUCCUCUCUCGCCCUCCCUGCAUCAAGCCACCAGCCUGCAAGCUGAUACUCCUCCGCUGAAAGAAACUGAUCACAUCUGGUCCGUGGACCAGUGAUCGGAAACUCGCAGCUUUAUGUAAUUUAGGUAGAAAAUCUGAUCAACAUUUAAAAGAAGGAUUCACACGUUAGCGCCCCGUGUCCUGUUCAGGCUUUACAGAGUGAUGAGAAGAUUGUGCCUCAUCUGUCAGCACAUUUACAUGCACAUUAUAAAUCAGUUACUGUGAAUAGCUCUACUAUGCUUUGCACAAAGUCCAUUUCCCAGGAUGAGAUUUCUAAUGGUUCAAUCAUGAGUCAGUUCAUUUCCUAUCUCUAAUCAAGUACGUGGCUUUUCAGUUUGAGAGCAGGACUAAUUGAUUUCAUAUUUAGAUUUGGUCUCUCACUCGAAACCCUGUGCUCGCACUCAAACACACUCUGCUUGUGAUUGGAUUUCUGAGCUCCAGCUGCAGCUCUUCUCGGGGGGGGGGGGGGGG